UCUCAGAGGGAGCUCUAAACCCGCCUUUAUCUCCAUACUUACACAUCAAAACCUCCCUCGGACUGCGCGCCGCCCCUCCUAAAUCCCACAGGAGGCACUAAAUUCGACACUCGGCCCCGCGUCGCGCUCACAGGGGCAUCUUGCCGGAGCAGCAGUGGCCAUCAGUGCGUUUCCUACCCGUGCCGUGCCGUGCCGUGCCGUGCCGUGCGGGCACCGCUGGAAUCGCUCGGCCGGCGCACGACUUAAGGCGAAGCAGGAAUGGGAGGCGCGACCACGUCGCUUUCGAGGCGCAGGAAAAGUGGAUUUUAAAAGUCGCAGUCGAGCGUCCAUUUCCAGCCGCCUGCAGCUCAGCUGGAGGAGGGUGGUGCGGAGGGAGCGCUAGAGGAGUCCGUGCACUGCGAUGUGUCGGUGAGCGCGUGCACGAGCGUCGCCCGUUCCGAGCGCCGCUCGCAGACAGACGCGGCCGAGCGAGGCGCGCGCGCGCGCGCGCGCGCUCUCUCCAAGUGGACGUCGUCGGUCCUCUCAUGGAUCCGUCGCGUCUCCAGGGGGCCCGCUGAGAUCUUGCACCGCGUCCUCGCACCCGGGAGCGCGGCUCGUCGCUGCCGCAGAGAUUGAGAGAACACUGUGUGAAAAUUCAGAAGCGGCGCAGCAGAACCAGAUCAGAACUCUGACAGCGUGUGGUGGAUCUGCUCGCUCCUGUGGAGACUGGAGCUCGCGCUUUCUUUCCUUUUUUUUUUUUUUGUUUUGUGCGACUUCAAGAUGACAUCGGAGUACUUGUUAAGGUCACUGCUGAUGCUCAUUCUGGCCCUCUUCUCUGCGAAUGCCAGCAACUGGCUGUUCCUGGCCAAGCUGUCGUCGGUGGGCAGCAUUUCGGAGGAGGAGACGUGCGAGAGGCUGAAGGGUCUGGUGCAGAAGCAGGUGCAGAUCUGCAAGCGCAACGUAGAGGUGAUGGAUGCUGUGCGACGUGGGGCCCAGCUGGCCAUCGAUGAGUGCCAGUACCAAUUCCGCAACCGCCGCUGGAACUGCUCCACUGUGGAUACUCUGCCCAUCUUCGGCAAAGUGGUUGCCCAAGGUACCAGAGAGGCUGCUUUUGUGUACGCCAUCUCCUCUGCAAGUGUGGCACUGGCCGUGACCCGGGCUUGCAGCAGCGGGGAGCUGGAGAAGUGCGGCUGUGAUCGCAAUGUUCAUGGGAUCAGUCCAGAGGGGUUCCAGUGGUCCGGCUGCUCGGAUAACAUCGCCUAUGGGGUGGCGUUCUCCCAGUCCUUUGUGGACGUACGGGAGAGGGGCAAGGGCUCGUCAUCCAGUAGAGCGCUAAUGAACCUCCACAAUAACGAAGCAGGGAGGAAGGCAAUUCUGAACAACAUGCGGGUGGAGUGCAAGUGCCAUGGAGUGUCUGGCUCCUGUGAGGUGAAAACGUGCUGGAAGGCCAUGCCCCCAUUCCGCAAGGUGGGCAACAUCAUCAAAGAGAAGUUUGACGGUGCCACAGAAGUGGAGCAGCGGAAGAUCGGCACCACAAAGGUGCUGGUGCCCAAGAACUCGCAAUUCAAGCCCCACACAGAGGAGGACCUGGUCUAUCUGGAUCCAAGCCCGGACUUCUGCGACCAGGACCCUCGGAGUGGGGUUCUGGGCACGACUGGCCGCUACUGCAACAAGACGUCCAAGGCCAUCGAUGGCUGCGAGCUCAUGUGCUGUGGCCGCGGUUUCCACACGGAAGAGGUGGAGGUGGUGGACAGGUGCAGCUGCAAGUUUCACUGGUGUUGCUACGUCAAGUGCAAGCAGUGCCACAAGAUGGUGGAAAUGCACACGUGCCGGUGAUCCCCGCUGCUCCCUGCAUGAACACAGGACCGGGAAAUGAACACACGCAACAAGGGAAAGGCGGUCCCGUCAAUGCGAUUCCGCAUGAUAAUUGGAAAGAAAUAUAUAUAAUGGGAUGCAAAGACAAAAAAAGAUAUAUAUUUUUUAAUUUAAAAUCCCAAAAAGGAUUUGUGUUU